AUGGUAUUUCUGGAGUGCCUCCCAUGCCUGUGCGACGUGGGGGGCUCCACCUCCCAAAACACCAGCUGUGACAUAUCCACGGGCCAGUGUGACUGCCGGCCCAACCUGCAGGGCCUACGCUGUAAUGAAACACAAGACUCCUACUUCCUACCGGGGAUGGACUUCCACCUAUUUGAGGCAGAGGAUGAAAACACAGAGACUAACUGUUCAGUGGUUACCACAGAGCUUCCUGAGACUGUACCAUUCACAGGCAGGGGGUUCGUGUCCUGUACUGGGAGUGCUGUGCUCACAUUCAAUGAUGUCGAGGUGGAACAAAAUUGGUUUUAUACUCUAGCACUGAGGCACACAGCUGACAACAACACAGCUCUGCCAUUAGCCUAUGUGGAGGUCAUCACCGUAGGGAGUUCAGAGGUCAAUGGGUCAUCUGUUGACGAUGGCAGCAUCCAAACGAAUGACAGCAUUGCAACAAACCUUACCAUGGAUGGAAACAGUACAGAAGAGGUUUCCAGCCCGUGCCCAUACAAAGCAGGCCCUGCCUACACCCAGAACAUUGCCCUAACAGGUGGACUCGGACAGGUGGCAGUGACCUCACCUGUACAGCUGGAUAGUCGCUGCAGGUACCAGGUGUCACUACACCUGGAUGGAGCGGGCACACCUGUGACGAUAGACUCUUUGUUGCUGAUGCCUGAUGUCACAAAGUCAGUUGUCUAUGAACUUGCAGACAACAACACAAAGGAACUGUAUCAGGACUGUGUGAGGAGUUCUGCCCCCCUCCCCCCUGGUGACCCUGCAAGCUCAGAGCAGUGCCAACUGAUGGUCUUCUCACUUAGUGCACAGCUGUAUGAUGGGGCCAGAGCCUGUGCCUGUGACCCAGUAGGCACAGUGGGAGGGUCAUCAGACUGCAGCACUGCAGGUGGGCAGUGCAGGUGUAAGCCAGGUGUGGGGGGAGCCAGGUGUGACACCUGCACACCCGGCUACCAUGGCUUCUCUUCAGAGGGUUGCACAGCUUGCAACUGUAGUGACCUUGGUUCCGUGCACUUUGUGUGUGACCUUGCAACAGGACAAUGUCCUUGUCACCCAGGGGUGUCCAAUGCAUCCAUGCCGAGUGCCCGUAACCUCACGGCAGAUCUGCAGUGCAGGAGCUGUCAACUGAAUUACUUUGGAUUUGAGGGUGGUACAGGCUGCCACCCCUGUCUGUGCAAUGAGACAGGCUCGUUGAGUCUACAGUGCAAUGAGACCGGACUGUGCCACUGUCAGGACACGGUGGGGGGAGGGAAGUGUGAUGUCUGUCUGCCGGGAUUCUUCAACUUCUCUUCACAAGGCUGCAGUCCCUGUGGCUGUGACGAAGCAGGGUCAGAGGUCAUCACCUGUGACCAGACGGACGGGUCAUGCACCUGCAAGGUCAACGUGGAGGGGGAGGGGUGCCGCACCUGCCGGGACACGACCUUUAACCUGGCCGGGUGGAACCCAGACGGGUGCCAGGAGUGCUUCUGUUUUAACCACACAGACAGGUGUCAGUCAGCCGUGGGGUUUGUGAUGCAGAACAUCACUGUGGAGGUCAAUAGGUGAGGAACCUU